GCAAAUUAAAUGGAGUUUAGUUUGCAUGCAUUUUUUUUUAACUCAUGUCGUAGGCUACUGCCCGGUUAGUUUAGCAUGCAACCACCAUAUCUACCCUAGCAAUACCCUAGCAACCUUAUCAGUUACCCUAUUAACAACCUAGCAACCACCACUAAAAUGCCAAUCUAGCAACCACCAUAGCAACCAACAUAAUUACCCUUAGGCUAUGUUGUAUUUAACGGUAGUAGGCCUAUAGGAUAUAACAGUUUGUCCCAUGAAUUACCCAGACUCAAAGAACAGCUGAUAAUGUGAGACUGACAAGACUAGACAAUUUAAUGUCAAACAACAUCACCUAAUAUGUUUAGCAGGAUUAUAUCAUGUAUUUGUCCACGACUUUUACUUACAGCCUUUGAAUUGUACUGAGAAAUUGCACUAAAUUCGCGCGAUUCUAGGCUUUGUACACUAUGAAGCAGUGUUGGUCAGAUAAGUAGGCCUAUAUUUUGUUCGAAACAACAAAAAACAACACAAUUAUUAGGCUAUUUACAAAAUUGACGUCGCUAACUUUCUCCAUGACUCGCUCUAUGCAGCGUUUCCUCUUUCUUGUGGUUGCGUGUGUCACGUGAUAGAUUCUGGGAUCCUAAUGUGUUCGUAUCGGAGUAUCAACCAUGCGAAUAGAUGAUAACAGCCUUCUGAACCUGCUAGAAGGUGUUGAUGGCCCCUUAUAACCCAUAACUAUGAGGCUGAUUACGAGUGAUAACGCCCAUCCAAUCGAGUGAUAACGUUCGAAGCGGGUGGCUCAGCAAUAGGUAGGCUAUGCAGCGCAGCGUAUGGUUAGGCUACUUGUGUUUAUUAGACGUUCAAAACCAUGAUAGAGCGCUAGGUUAGAAUGGCAUUAGAGAGCUGCCGAUAAUGAAAGUAAGUUGACCACUUCCUGGUCUAAGAGGAGCAACACCGUGCCACUAGACAGAAAGCACACAGAAGUGGAGGCAUGACUACAUGGGCGCAAUACCCACAGGGCUACGGAAAAACGGGCUCCACCCGCCACCGCGAGCGCACGGACGAACCGGGGGACAAAAGGUCAAGCGCGGAUAACCAUAUCAAGCGUGUGAGUGAUGACAGACCAUUCAGAAGAGUCAGAAGCCCCUCGCGGCUAACUCGUCCAUACAGGCCCAGGUUCGGUGGCAGAUUCUACAGGCCUCGGUAUUUUCCAGCGAGGGACAGAGGGUUCUUCCGCAGGCCCAGUUUCAGCCUUGGAUUUCACCGGCAUCAGGGUGACCACGGCCCCAGGGCCCCUCUGUCGCACCGCAAACCAUCGCCUUCGCCCGCCUCUCGGCCCGAGCCAGUCCCCUGCCCAUUACCCUCUCCGUCCGAGCAGACCAAAGGAACUCCCCGUGCAUCUGCAGAUUCAGGCAGAGAGGAAAAGCGCUCCCUGUCAUUCACGGUGUCUCAGAAAGACGAAGCCCCCCAGGCCAGGGAGGAGCCGUCUGCUGUGUCCAGGGCUUCAGCCAGAAGCAGAGCCAUCCAGCGAAAGAGACAGGAGAUCGAGGAGUGUUUGUGUGUGAGCACUAGAGUCUAUAUUAAAGCUGAGCACAUGAGGAGUGACUCAGUGGGCAGGAGGAGAAUCAUCCUUCUCAGUUUCUCCCCGUCCCCCAAUCUCCAUGGUUACCACUGGCAAGUAGGGUAGGUGCUGUUCAGAGGGGGUUUGGUAACAGGUAGCUGAAGCGUUUAGUUCUGUUUGUGUGUGUAGUGUACAGCACAUACUUAUGCAUAGGUAUGCAAACACACACACACACACAUACACACACACUUGAAUUGUGUUGUGUUUGUGUAUACGUUAUGAAUGACAUAAAUUGUGUAUACAUUACGUAUAUAUUCAGAAAGAGAUUAUACAUCUUCACAUACUUGCUAGGCAUGCACACACACACACACACACACACACACACACACACACACACACACACACACACACACACACACACACUGCCAGUAGGCUGAGUAAAACAUAGCAUCAGGAACAAUACAUAGUCACGGUUUGUUAACAGCCUUGUAAUGAUUGGCAGAAGCUUCUCUCAUUCAUUGACACCUAUUAUGCAACCUGCUAUAUAACACGUUUACAUAACUCAAAACAGACUCAAAAUGGAGGGCAAAAUAAAUACAUGUGGGUUAUUUUUGAGCUAAUGCCUUUUUGUGGGGGUCUUUGCAUUAGUGCGUGUGUGUGAUGUGUGCGUAUGUACAUGUGUGUGUGUGUUUCUAUGUGUGGUUGUUUGUGGAUACAUUUACCUCUCUUUGUGUUAGACAAGUGUUUUGAUCGAGAGUAGGGGAUGAUGGUUUGUGGAUUAUGAUUCAGAACAAUGAAUGGGGUCAAAAAGGUUUGUUCUCUCUCUCUCUUUCUCUCUCUAUCUGUGUGUGUGUUUGUGUGUGUGUGUUGCCUCUAGAAAUGGGCCUGGGAAAGGUCAUGGAUUAAUCCUGUUGAAUAAGUUAUGGGGUGUGUAUGUUUGUAGCAGCAGGGUAUUUAUAUGUGUGUGUGUGUGUGUGUGUGUGUGUGUGUGUGUGUGUGUGUUUGUUGCAUGCAUUCCCCCAAAUAGCAGCAGGGAGUGUGUGUGUUUCCAUCUGCAUGUGUGUGCGCCUGUGUGUAUAGGUGUGUGUGUGUGUGUGUGUGGUCAUGUGUGCAAUCUGACUGAGCUACUAAUCCACUCUUAAUGGCACACACAUGACUGGAACACAUCAGGCAUGUCCCCUUCCUUCGGCUGCUUCCCUUUCUCCUCAUCUCUCCUUCACACACCAUCUCUCUCUCUCUCUCUCUCUCUCCACUAUCUUUCUCUUUUGGUUCAGGGAGAAAGAGGGGUACAUUUGUAUUAAUGAUUUCGGGUGCCUUGUUUUCAGUGGUUUUCAAAUGGUGUGUUGAAGAUGAAUAUUGUUAGAAGUCCAAAAGUGUUUCUCUUCUUUGCUCUCCCCCUCUAGACUCCUCUCAGGGUUAUGAGGCUCUGCAUUCCUCAGCACUAAUCAAAUGAAGGCGCAAAGAGGA